AUGGCCUCAAAACGAACCGCUCGCUUCCGAGACUGGCUCCUGGCUUCUCCGCCGGCGGAGUGGGCCUUGAACCAGCUUCGAGACCUGCUCAUCGGAGCUCUACGACAAGGACCAAUCCCCAAACAUGUUGCGUUUGUCAUGGACGGCAACAGGCGCUUUGCCAAAAAUCACCGCAUGGAGACGGUGGAAGGACACAAUCUAGGGUUUGAGGCCCUCGCACGAAUACUCGAAGUCUGCUACAAAGCCGGUGCCACUCAUGUCACAAUAUAUGCUUUCAGCAUUGAGAACUUUAAGAGAUCGCCGCACGAAGUGUCAGCCUUAAUGGCUAUGGCGAAGACAAAGCUCAAGCAGCUUGUUCAACACGGUGAUAUACUGGAUCGCUACGGCGCAAAGAUACGCAUUCUUGGGCAAAGAGAAUUGAUCAAGCCAGACGUGCUGGAAGCGGUCGAUCGAGCUGUGGCUGUGACGAGCCAAAACGGUGAUUGCGUCCUCAACUACGUUGAUGACUGGUGCAAGCCCGUUGUCAGCCCUUCGCCAGAGAGGAAAAGCCCUUUCAAGGAGGAGAGGAUUGCAAACACGAUCAGAUCACACGCACUGGAAAGCCAUAGUACGAAGGACAUCGAGCCGGCAUCAUCGCCGGAGUCGCAACCGCAACCUCUGCUAUCGCCAUCACCUAGCACUGCGUCGCUGUCCUCCCGAGAUGCCUCGGACAAUGCUGAGCAAGAAGACCUGGACACCUCAUCGUCUGUGAUGUCCUCGACCACACUACAUUCGCCCCCAGAUCGACCUAAGGCCAUUAGUACGACCACUCUUCCGUCACCGGAGCUGAUCACUCCAACCACUCUAGAUCAGCAUAUGUACACAGCCGGAGAUCCGCCUAUAGAUCUGCUUGUGCGAACAUCUGGCGUGUCCCGUCUAUCAGACUUCAUGCUUUGGCAGUGUCAUCAGGACACCCAGAUCGUCUUCCUGGAAGUACUCUGGCCGGACUUUGACCUGUGGAGCUUCCUGCCUGUGCUGUGGGGCUGGCAAUGGCGAAUGAGGAAACAAAACGACGCUGCAACGGAGGAAGAGCAAUUGGAUUCGCGGCGGAAUCAGAGUCGGAGAGUCAAAACAGCAUAG